UUUCUAUGAUUUGUCAGGGAGCUUCAUCUGCAGGGAAUUGACCAAGUGUUCAGUGAAGGAUGACGCUUGCUAGUUCUUUGUUCGCUUCAUCAGUUGCAUUGUUGGUCUUGCAGGAGCUGUUCUUGGAAUCAGCAGCUACACCUGUUGACAAACGUCCAAAGCAGAUGUCCUCAGGGCCCUUCAUCAUUUUUCCAUCGCAAAUGUUCUUCGUAGACCCCAGGAUUCCGGUGCCGGCGAUGCCAAUUUUCGCUCAAAUGCCGACAAAUGUUUCUGUCAUUCCUUCGGCAAGUGGACCACCAGCAAGUCCAGUAGUGGAAGUAUCGACGAGAGAAAUUGAAAAACCUUCGAUGGAUCCGCCUGCUGCACCAGUGUCCGACGAAUUGCGCAUUCCCACUUGCAAAAACAUGAUUGGCGACAGUAUAUGCCUUGACCUUGAAGAAUACCCAGAAGAGAAAAUUAUCACUGCCGUGCGGAACACGCUGAAUGAGAUUGACGCGGAUUUGAUCCUGACCACUGACAGUGGAUCACAGGAUUUUGCAAAAAAUUCUCCCGAUUAUGACCUCGAACCUUUUGAUUUCCGGAAUAAGGGGCCUACUGCAAAAAUCCCUCAGGAGGGAAUCGGGCCCAGUGGAGGUGUUCGUGGAAUCGCUGCCUGUAGAUCUCAGGAAGCAUUCAUCAGACCAAGGAUGAUGCGGAACGAGAACAACGCUUGGCGAUACAUCGUCAACGGGAAGCGAUACUUGCAGGAGCUGCGAGUGGAAACCUGCGUCUAUGCGAACAAUGACCCGUGCCAAAACUUCGGAUUAGAGCCGUUCAGCGGACGACAGGGGGUUUGCAGGCAGAAAUACAUUUUGCGGAGGCUGUUGGCUGUGCCGAUUCAUGGAGGAGGAGGAAACGUUUUCAAAGAGUCUUUCCCGAUACCGUCGUGUUGCGCUUGUUUUUUGGAGUGAGACAAAAUUGUUAUGCUGUUUUGUUGAUGCGGUAAUUUGACCGCUUUAUUUAUUGUACCAGUAAAUUUUUUUAACUGUCGCAUUUCGGAACAAAUGAUUCUCGCAUGCUGCUUCGACGCGCAAGAUGACGCGCAUUGUUACUGUGUUGUUCUGUUGCGAUAUUUUCGAUCGACAGGGAAAUAAAUAUCGUUGUUCUCGUUUGAUGAUACACUUUAAAUUCUUAAUGCGUUUGUGUUUUGCUGAUCCAAAAGUAAAUUUAAUUUCGUUUAUU